UUGGAAGGGGACCUUGGGGGCUGGCUGGACGGGAGGGGACUGGUAUCAUUGACAGUGGCUUCGGUCCCAGUGGGAUAGAGGGAGACGGUGAAGCUGAGUGAAUCAUUUAGAAAGCUUUCUCUCUGGGGGAUAGUGCCAGCUAGUUCGAGUACAGUGUCGACACUUUAACACAGAUUUCCGUCUACACUCACACACGCGCACCGGAGAAGGAGUGGCAGUUAGGUUCAACUGUUGUUGUCUUCUGGUCUCAUUUUUAUUUCGGUUGUGAGAAGGAAUGUGUGCAGCGCCGGGAUUUUAUCAUCAGAGAUAACGCUGCGUGAGCCGCGUUGGACUUACUUCCAGAGGGAACAAAAAUUGACAUAGGUGGGAUUGAAUGAAGGUGAGAGCAUUGACUGACCGAGUCCACAGAUAAUCUUUACUUGCUGCUGAGUGCAAACCUGAUAUUCCUGUGUGACAUUUUAUAGAAGGAAUCAUGCCAGCAUUAUCAACAGGAUCUGGAAAUGAUACAGGUCUGUAUGAAUUGUUGGCUUCCUUGCCAACCCAGCUGCAGUCACAUGUGAACAGCCAGGAAGAUCUGACCUUCCUACGGGAUAUGUUUGGUGAAAAAAGCCUUCAUUCACUAGUGAAGAUCCAUGAAAAGCUGCAACAGUAUGAGAGACAGAGCCCGACACCCAUUCUUCAUAAUGUAGCCACUUUGGCAGAUGAUCUCACUGAGGAUCUGCACAACAUACCAAUGAACAGUGAGAUCAGAGAACUGGUGAAGCUGCUAUCACAGCCCCAUCUCAAGGCUUUGCUGUCGGUUCAUGACACAGUAGCUAUGAAGAAUUAUGACCCUGUCUUGCCCCCUAUGCCUGAUGAUCUUGAUGAUGAAGAAGAUUCAGUGAAAAUCAUUCGACUUGUUAAAAACAAAGAGCCUCUGGGAGCCACGAUAAGAAGAGAUGAAAGCACUGGUGCUAUUGUUGUGGCAAGAAUCAUGCGAGGAGGAGCUGCAGACAGAAGUGGUCUUAUCCAUAUUGGAGACGAGCUGAAGGAAGUUAAUGGAAUUGAGGUUGAUGAUAAAAGACCAGAGGAGAUAAUUCAAAUAUUGGCUCAGUCACAAGGAGCAAUAACUUUUAAAAUCAUUCCCGGCAUGAAAGAGGAGACUCCAACUAAAGAAAGCAAAAUGUUUGUCAGGACUUUAUUUGAUUAUGACCCUAAUGAGGAUAAAGCAAUUCCAUGUAAAGAAGCUGGGCUUUCUUUCAAGAAGGGAGAUAUCCUUCAGAUCGUCAGCCAGGAUGAUGCAACUUGGUGGCAAGCCAAACGCGAGUGUGAUGCCAAUCUGAGAGCAGGACUCAUUCCUUCAAAGCAGUUCCAAGAGAGGAGAUUUGCACUUCGAAGACCCAUAGCAUUUGUUCAGCCACAAAAGAAUUCCAAUCGGCGAUCAUAUGCUGAAUAUGGUGACCUUGUCAGUGGAUUCUAUAUAGCUGGUCUCAGAAGAAGUUUUCGACUGAGCAGAAAAGAUAGAAAGACUAAUAAAUCCAUGUAUGAAAGUAAAAGAAGUGAACAGUACGACACAGCAGAUGUACCAACAUAUGAAGAGGUUGUAUCUUACCAGCAUCAACCUGAUGAAAAGUACAGACUGGUAGUUCUUGUUGGCCCUCCAGGAGUUGGACUGAACGAGCUUAAAAGGAAAUUGUUGAUCAGUGAUUCACAGCACUAUGGUAUAACAGUUCCAUAUACAACAAGGCCAAAAAGAAGCCAGGAAACUGACGGAGUGGAAUAUCAUUUUAUUUCCAAGCACUUGUUUGAGACAGAUGUACAAAAUAACAAAUUUAUUGAACAUGGAGAAUACAGAGGAAACUUGUAUGGAACAAGUAUAGAUUCUGUUCGACAUGUAUUGGCUAAGAAUAAAGUGUGCCUGUUGGACGUACAAUGCCAUGUAAGUAAAGACUGA